GAAUUUGAGGAUCACUGAGUCCUCCCUACUUUGUUGGCAGAUGUGAACAGCAAGGAAAUGCAAAGUGGAAACCUGACAUCAGUGUCUUACUUCUUUCUUGUUGGCCUACACCAUCCACCAGAGCUGGGGGUACCACUCUUUCUCUUUUUCCUGGUUAUCUUUGUCCUUACUGUCUCUGGCAAUGGCAUCAUCAUCCUCACUGUCCUGGUGGAUGUCCGGCUCCACCGCCCCAUGUACUGGUUCCUCUGCCAUCUCUCUUUCUUGGACAUGACAAUUUCCUGUGCUAUUGUUCCCAAGAUGCUCUCUGGAUUUCUCUUGGAUAGCAGAAUUAUUUCCUUCGGGGGCUGUGUGAUCCAGCUUUUUUCUUUCCACUUCCUGGGCUGCACCGAGUGCUUCCUUUACACGCUCAUGGCUUAUGACCGUUUCUUGGCCAUUUGUAAGCCUUUACACUAUGCCACAAUCAUGACCCGCAGUGUCUGUAACUACCUGGCUAUUGGUACCUGGAUGGGAGGCACCAUCCACUCACUUUUUCAGACAAGCUUCAUAUUCCGGCUGCCCUUCUGUGGACCCAAUCGGGUUGACUACUUCUUCUGUGACAUUCCAGCCAUGCUGCGUCUAGUCUGUGCUGACACGAGCAUCAAUGAGCUAGUCACUUUUGUGGACAUUGGUUUCCUGGCCCUCACCUGCUUUUGCCUCAUUCUCACUUCCUACGGCUACAUAGUGGCUGCCAUUCUACGAAUCCGGUCAGCCGAUGGGCGCCGCAAUGCCUUCUCCACCUGUGCAGCCCACCUCACAGUUGUCAUUGUUUACUACGUGCCCUGCACCUUCAUCUACCUCCGUCCUGGGUCCCAGGAACCCCUGGAUGGGGUGGUGGCUGUCUUCUACACUGUCAUCACUCCCUUGCUGAACCCCAUCAUCUAUACACUCCGCAACAAAGAAAUGAAGGCAGCACUGUUGAGACUGGGAGGGCACAAAGACACACAACCGCAGUGA